AUGUUGGAACAGCUGUGGAAGGCUGCUCGCAAGCCUGGCGCAAAGGGUGCGGUGCAGGGUGUGGCCCCUGUACAGAGAUUCACAGACAAGACGGACCGUCGAGACGAGGAGGCAACAUUGGGAACGCAAUUCGUGGAGGGCGAGAAGACGAGACUGCUUGAUCGGUGGCUGGACAAAAUCGUUCGUGCGUCGGGUUCGGAGAUUGUGUUCUUUGGUAUUUUGGCAGCGUUGCUUGUCUGGGCGCUGCUGGGGAUUCGUUUCGGCGACACGGAGAACUGGCAAGUGAUCAUCUCGGAUGUCCAAGCUAUACUCAGUUAUGCGUUUGACUCGCUGCUGGUAAGACAACAGAUGAACAUGUACGAUCGUGAAAUGGUGGUUGCUGCCCAGAUGCAGUCUCGCGUCCACAGCCAUUUACGCAUGUUCUCCCAAGCACAAAACGAGCUUACGCAAGAACAGAAGACGGUUCUUUUGACGUACUGCAGCCGAGAGGAAACGGAUGAGAAUAAACUGGCUCUGCCGUCGGAAAGCAAGUUUGGUCUUUUCAUCACCGCGGUGUCACACAUCCUUGGUCAUAUUGCUCUGGUUGCACUUUUCUGGGUAGCGGUGUUCGUGUGGAUUGGAAUCGGUCCCAUGUUUCAAUUUAGCGACUCCUGGCAGCUCUACAUGAACUCGGCCUCGUCUGCAUGGAUGGUUCUUUACUUUGCAUUUCUCGCGAAUAUCCGCGAGCGUCACAGUUUCCACGGCAAGAUCUGUCUUGACGCUCUCUUCGAAGUUGACGGCUCCCUCGAGGCUCAUUUGCGAGCCUUGACCAAUGACAAAGAAAGCAAUUCAGAGGUUGUCUUGAGUGCGCCCAAAGUUAACAAACUUCAACGUGCCAUUUUCUACUAUGCCGACUUUGUAGGUACGCUCGUGGGAAUUGCUAUUCUUCUCACCGUCAUGAUCGCCUGGCUCGCCACCGGCCCUGUAUUUCACUUCAGCGCCAACUGGUGGUUAUUCAUCGGAACGUACGCCGGUCUGGUCGGCAUGCACGAUGGGUUUGUGCUGCGCAACAUGCAAACACGGUUGACAUCCUACGUCGAAAAGGAGAUGGAAGUUCUUCAACAAGCAGAUCGGAUCAUCUUCGAGCGUACAGGCUUGAAGUUCCCCGAAUCUCGCGCCGAUAGACGUCUCACUCUAUCCGAACGGGUCUCAGUUGUGGUGGACAAGGUCAGUGCGCAUGAGCUUACAGUGCUUCUUGGGCUCCUCACUAUCAUCGGUUUGUUGGUCGGCGCUAGCGCGAUGAAAUGGACGUUGACGGGCCAGCUUUUGUGCAACGUGCCUCCCAGUAUCAUCGAGUCCUUCUUGAUGAUGAUCCUUGUGACGGGCCACAACCUCGUUGACGACCGGAAGCGCUUGGAACUUCAGACUCUGUAUGAACGACGCGUGAAGCUGUUGGGAUACGCGCAGAAACUGAAGGAGAUUCAAAUACAACCGAUGAGUGCGCCUGAUUCAAAGGAACCUUCCCUUUCAGUCGAUGCGACAGCACCUUGA